AGAAGUAAUUUUACAUUUCAACAUGAAGAACGUGUUUUUCGCUCUGUUGCUGGUGGUGCUGGUUUGCUGUUUGGUUUCGGUGCAAGGGAACGAAAUCAUACAAAAUGUUGUAAAGAGAAGCAUUCCGCUUCGACAGCUAAUAUUGCAGCAUAAUGCACUUGACGACAGCGACAGUGACUCCGGAUCGCAAUAAAAAGCGAUUGCGAAAAAUUUAAAAAUAACAAAAAGAGAGUAAUAAAAAUGUGAAGCGUGUGUAUCAUGCAUAA